AUGACUAUCAGAGGUGAUAAUGCAAACAUGAGGCUCACCGAUUUGGCCUUCCAUCGUCGAGCUGUCGGAAUCGUCUCUGAUAGAAGAUGGACGAGGCACGUCCCACCAAUGGAUGACCUGAAACGAAUCAAAACUUCGUUAGAACAGCACACAUCGAGUCCCCAAGGAUGGAAUGCCGCAGGUUUCAGGGUUGCCGCCGAUGGGAUUCAGCGAAGUGCUUACGACCUCUUGGGUUUCCUGACUAUCCCUACGCGGGAUUUCGUUCCAAUCAAACCGGAGCUAGCUCAAUAUCAUCCGCGAAUCCUUUAUCGAGUGGAUAUUGAAGGUUGGGAUAAAACCUAUCACCUCUCAAGGGAGUUAAGAAUGGAACUUUUGCCCCUACGUCGAUACCGAUUUAAUCUCAAGCAUCAAGCGCAUGACGUUAAAGUCUUCAUGCAAGAUGACUACGAAGUCCAGGAGAGACUCACAAAACUGAGGCCAACAAGUAUUGGUGCCGCGAAGCGCAUGGAGGGUAUGACACCGACUUCACUGCUCCAUCUCAUUGGGCAUGUGAGGGGAAGCAAAAGUGCCACUUCAACAAAGGGCAUGAGGGGGCCAGACGCUGCAUGAUUGUGACGGAUAGAACAAUCGGGAUCGAUAUCGUAUCCCUGCAACAAGUGCGCUUCCGUCGUCUCUCGCCACAGGGGGGUUAUCUUCUAGAUGAAGAUUGCCAAAAUUCUCCUCAACGGAGGCUACAAUUUUGGUGCCAUCAGGGGGAGCAAUCUCAGUAGCUGUCUCAUGCUGCUCCUUAG